AUGGGACAUGAGGAGCAUGGAGGGACUUGGCACAUGGACGCAGCUCAACUGGAUACGCAAAGGAAGAAGGGAGAAGCCAUCUUGAAGACCAGCUCGACCCGUCUUCAACUCGAUCGAGCUGAGAAGUCAACAGUCAAACCCGAAAAAUGUUGCUUCCCCCUUGACUUUCCUUUGACCCUAAACCUAAUCCUCUUACCACGAGCUGAUCGCCUUGUUCAAGCCUCUUGUGUGCUUGAUGGAGAAAGCCUUCAAGCUUUGUUUGAUGAGCCACUAGGAAGGGCUCUAAAAGAAGGGGAGGAUGUAGCCUCUAAGGCAAGACUAGGGGAUAAAAGAAAAGAUCCACCAGCUCAGGCCCCUUCAUCCAAGCCAUCUCAGCUCACAAUGAUUUUGUUCCCCAUCAAGUUUGAAAAUGGGAAGAUUGAGUACAAGAUAAGGUACAAGGGGAGAUCAAGGCCAUUCUCUAGAGCCAAAGCCUUGGUGACUUCAGAACAAUCCAGGGACCCAUCCAAGCUAAAAGAGCUUCUGUCUCAAGUCCUCACUAUCACCCUUGAUGGUGGGACUAGCUCAACCAAUGCCUAA